AUAUCAAACAAACCAAUAAUACCAAAGAAAUCCAAUGGAGCAUCAUCUUCUUUGUACUUCUUCGUCUUUACUACUACUCUUCUUAUUCAGUUCUGUUCCUCUCACUAGCCAAUUCCCGUUUGGUAGCCGCAAACAAGCUUAUGAUCAUUCAAAUGUCACCUGUAUUGAAAGUGAACGACAUGCCCUUCUUCAACUCAAACAUGGGUUAAAAGAUGAAUCAAAUCGUCUGUCGUCUUGGAUUGGAGAAGGUUAUUGUUCAUGGGAAGGAGUUGGUUGCCAUAAAAUCACUGGUAGUGUUUUGAAACUUGAUCUGCGCAACACGGUGCCACUCUAUUCUGAUGAGGAUUAUCACUGCACAAAUUGCUUGGGAGGCCGAUUAACUCCAUCUUUGUUCAAUUUGACCAAUUUGCGAUACUUGGAUUUGAGUGUGAAUAAUUUUUCAACAUUCCAAGUUCCCACAUUCCUUGGAUUGUUGAAAAACUUGAGAUACCUCAAUCUCUCAGGUGCAGGAUUUCAUGGUGAAAUUCCCCACCAUUUAGGAAACCUCUCGCAUUUACAGUAUUUGGAUCUUGGGGAUUCCUAUUCCUCCCCAGUAUGGAAUUGGUUGAGCACUAAGGAUCUCGGGUGGGUUGUUGGGCUCGCUUCUCUACAAGGACUAGUCCUGUUCGGGGGGAACCUUACAGCCGCUCAAGAUGGAUUACAGUCAAUUAACAUGCUUUCUUCGCUAACAACACUAGACUUGCAUAGUUGUAAUCUUUUCAUCCAUCCUCAUCUUUCACAUGUCAAUUUCACAUCUCUUGCUUCCCUUGACCUUGGUGAAAAUAAUUUCAACAACUACACGGUCCCUCCUUGGCUCCAUAAUCUUACUGGCCUCCAUGAUCUUGGUCUUGGUUAUAAUAAUCUUUCUGAUCCAAUUCAUGGCCUAUUUGACCAAAUGACCUCUCUAGUUCAUUUUGAUCUAUCUUCAAACCGUUUUGAUGCUUCAACGUUGAAAUCACUUUGUAUUGCAAGCAGUCUUACUUAUUUGGAUUUGAGUGAGAAUAUUUUGCAAGGACCAAUACCAAGUAAAAUAGGCCAGCUUUCAAAACUAACUAAUCUAUUAUUGUCCUCUAAUAAAUUAAAUGGCACCAUACCGACCAAUCUUUGGCAGCUGACGAAGCUACAAGAUUUUGACGUUAGAAACAAUUCAUUAACUGGGGUCCUAUCUGAAGACCAUUUUGCGAAACUCCGAGAGCUAAAGUCACUGGAUCUAACUGGAAACUCACUCGCUCUGAAUGUGAGCUCCUCGUGGAUUCCUCCUUUUCAACUCCAAGAAAUUGGGAUGGGAUCCAUCAUUGUGGGACCCAGGUUUCCAGCUUGGCUUCGGACGCAGAAUGAGGUUGAGGUGUUAAACAUGCAGAACGCGAGCAUCUCAGAUGCCAUACCCAACUGGUUUCGAGUGCUUUGUGAUAAUAUUACGUCAUUAGAUCUCUCCAGCAACAGCCUGACAGGAAAUCCUUUGGAGUUCAAACAAUUGAAGCAUAGUCGUUAUGCUUCUCGAGAAAUAUCUCUAAGCUCCAACAAAUUGGACGGAUCUCUCAAAUCAUUUCCGCUGGAUAUUUCAGAUUUAGAUCUUUCGCACAAUUUUCUUACUGGACAUAUUCCGCAGCUUGAAGAUGGUCAAACUUCGGUUGUACAUAUGCUGGGUUUUCUCUUUCUGAAUGAUAACCGUUUCACAGGUACUAUCCCUGAAGACUUGUGCAAGUUGGAAAAUUUAUCUUUUCUGGAUCUAUCCAACAAUCUUCUGUCCGGAAGAGUUCCUCUGUGUCUAGGAAACUUGCGAGACCUGUGGAUCCUAGACUUGGCAAAUAACACUCUAUCCGGUCAAAUUCCGAGUUCACUGGGCAACUUGUGGCAACUUUAUGCUUUGCAUUUGAAUGGAAAUAAAUUCGUUGGGAAGCUCCCUGCCUCAAUGCAGCGUCUGAGAAAUUUGGAAGCUCUUGAUCUCGGAGACAAUGGACUGAAGGAUAUUAUACCAGCUUGGAUUGGGGAAAGGUUAUCAAAUUUAAGGUUUCUAAGAUUUCAGUCAAUUAACUUCCAUGGACCUAUUUCUGAUACACUCUGCCAACUCUCGCAUCUUCAAGUGCUGAACUUAGCACAUAAUAACUUGACUGGAUUUAUUCCUGACUGCUUUAACAACAUUAGUGCCAUGGUAUCAGCAUUUGACAUUGGUUACGGCAUUUAUGGGCAAGAAAGCCUUCAAGACAUUAAGGGAGGAAGAGAAUUUGAGUAUUACGCAUCGAGCCUUCGGCUUCUUAAAUCCGUAAGCCUCUCAGCAAAUAAUUUAGUUGGCGAGAUCCCGGAUGGGAUAAUGGAACUGGUUCAAUUGCAAGUUUUGAAUCUUUCACAAAAUCAUUUGACUGGAAGGAUCCCGGAUAAGAUUGGCAACUUGAAGCAACUUGAAACACUUGAUCUAUCAAUGAAUGCACUCUUCGGUGCAAUCCCUAAAAGCUUAUCUGAUCUGUACUCAUUGAACUUCCUGAAUUUGUCACACAAUAAACUUUCCGGGCCAAUACCAUCAGGAAAUCAACUUCAGACCUUGACCAAUCCAUCCAUCUAUGAAGGAAACAGUGGACUUUGUGGCAAACCGCUCCCAAACAACUGCUGGGAACACAAAUUGCCUACCAAAAAUGGGCCUAUUGAUGAUGAUGAAGGCCACAGUGAGUCUGAUUGGUCUUGGUUUUAUGCUGGUACAGGACCGGGUUUUGCCGUCGGGCUCUUGGGAGUUUUGGGAAUCCUUCUCUUCAAGAAAUCAUGGCGCUAUGCAUACUUCAAGUAUAUAGAAAGUGCCUGUGACAAAAUCUGGGUAAAGACUACUCGCCUGAGGAGGAAUUUCCAUUGAGCCUACGACUAUCAGAGUGGUUGCUGCUGUUGUUGUCCAGAGUGCCUCGAGAAGCAAUAGUAGUUUUGUUGUGUGUUUUCGUGUAUUUAAGCUUCGAGUAUUCAGUGUUUUUCUUUUUUGUUUUGCAUCUCAAUACGUAAUCUGAGGAUUAGCCCUCUUUCUACAGCUGUGAAUUCUAUGUCAAACCAAAGUUUCAAUUGUUUGCU